UUCUUAAAGUAUGUUCAGAGACGCAAUACAUUUUUACAGUAGUGAAUUUUUAUGUUAAUAAAUAGAAUUAAAAAAGCUAUCCCCGACAUACGAUAUUUGUUAAAUAAUUAUUAAUAGUGUGUCUCAUGUAGUAGGGAAAGGAAAGGAAAAUCCACAGAUAAAAUGGCGCCAAAUACUAUAGAGGAAAGAUGUCUAGAGCCCACAGAAGGUGAUUUCGAAAAGCUAAUAGCACCACAGGCUGCCCCUCGGAAGUUUCAAAUAGUGUACAGGAAUAUUCUCACAUUUGGUUACGGUCAUAUUGCAGCAUUGUAUGGCUUGUACCUGGCUGUCACUCAAGCUAUGUGGUCAACUAUAUUUUUUAAUUAUAUUCUAUUCGUGCUGGCGGCUGUUGGUGUGACAGCGGGGGCUCACCGACUCUGGACGCACAGAGCAUACAAGGCAAAAAUGCCCCUACAGAUUAUCCUAAUGUUCAUGAACACUCUGGCAUUCCAGAACACAGCCAUCGACUGGAUACGAGAUCAUCGGAUGCACCAUAGAUAUAGCGACACGGACGCAGAUCCUCAUAAUGCAACUCGUGGUUUUUUCUACUCUCACGUGGGCUGGCUGCUUGUAAAAAAGCAUGAAGAACUCAAGAAGCGUGGCAAGUUUAUUGAUAUGAGCGACAUCUAUGCAAAUCCUGUACUAAUGUUUCAGAAGAAAUACGCCAUACCAUUUAUUGGGUCAGUAUGCUUUUUGCUCCCAACUUUAGUGCCAGUAUUCUGUUGGGGCGAGAGCUUGAAGGUCGCCUGGCAUAUGUGCCUGUUGCGUUACAUCAUGAAUCUCAACUCAACCUUCUUAGUGAACAGCGCAGCUCAUCUUUGGGGAAACAAACCAUACGACCAGAGUAUAAAACCCGUACAAAAUAAGAUAGUGAGCUUUAUUGCUUGUGGAGAAGGUUUUCAUAACUACCACCACGUAUACCCUUGGGAUUACCGCACAGCCGAACUUGGGAACAACGGACUGAAUUUAACAACACUAUUCAUAGAUUUCUUUGCCAAGAUUGGAUGGGCGUAUGAUUUGAAGACUGUUCCUCAAGAGGCAAUUGAAUCAAGAGCGAAAAAAACUGGUGAUGGAACUGAUUUAUGGGGAAAAAUUAAGGGUGUUUAGUUACAAUGUCUUCUUUGAGUAUUAUUUUGUGGCCAAAAUUAGGGUUAUUUUAAAAAUUUUGUUUAUAAAGAUAUUUCGAUGUAAAUCUAAGACCCUGUGAGGUUCACGGGUACUUUUGUUUUAUUUCUGGAAAUAUGGCUUUUGAAAGUAACUGCAUAGCUAUAAUAUUUUUAUAUGUAUAUAUUAAACAUUCAUUUUAGAUGAGAUAUAUAACAAAAGUUAUAUAUAUCAUCUAAAAUGAAUGUGCAUUGUAACGUUAAGUUUUAAAUUUUAAUUACAUUGUCUGAGGUAUAUUAUUGGUUAUUUUAAUAAAUUUUUAAAAAAUA